AUGAAGAUGAUCAAUGACGGUGGGGAUCUCGUUAUUAUGGUCGUGGAAAAUGAUCGAAUGAAACCUAAUGAUGAUGUAUUUAGCGUGCAAGAGAGAACAGGUGGACUAUCGUAUGGAAGAAAAAGAAGGAGAAGUUCUUUCAGUGCAGAGCAAGUGUGUCGAUUGGAGGUUGAAUUCCAGAGGCAACGAUAUCUUUCAGCAGAUACUCGAAAUAGACUCGCGCUUGCACUUGGCCUCAGUCAACAGCAGGUAGUAUUCGGACUGGCUCAGCAUAGAGUGAAAAUAUGGUUCCAAAAUCGUCGUUACAAAUCAAAACUGAAAGAACAAGCGAGAGAGAACGCUACACAAAACGAGAACGUGGCCAGUGAAAAUGAGAAUGGUGGAAAUUUAACGAGACCAGUGGUUGUACUAGUUCGCGAUGGUUGUCCAACAUUUGAAUAUUUUGUAACCACUUUCAAAUAUACCACAAAUGAUUCAGAAUGA